CCCUCUCACAACGGCGUGAGUGGAGCGCGAGUGCGGUGAAUUAUCUCACUCUGGUUUUUGAGUCUCGACAGUCUUCACCAGCCGCACUACACUGUUAAACAAACAUAAGGCGCAUUUCUCUUUAAUGGUGGUAUUGGAUAUCAUAGGCAUAGUAUAUAGGAUAUCAUUAGAUUAAUUAACAUUUUUGAACGGAAUGAAGAUGAGCAUGGACUUCAAUAUGCUUUCUUUGUCGGGAAAUAUUUAAAGACAUUGCACAAACUGGAUUAAAGUGGACAGUGAAGGUGGAAUUCCUUGAAUGACAUGGUAACAUCCAGCGACUGGACAUUACGGAGGCGGAACACAAACCUCUGGAGUUGUCUGCUGUGUCAUAAAACUGCUAAAAGUGCUGUCUGAGAGAAGAGUGAUCCAAGAGCGAAGACUGAACGUAAAAUAACUUCCUGUGGGAUGCAGUUCGAUCUGUGUUGGGGAGGUUGUUCAACUGUAGGUGAAAACUUGUGAUCUAACCUAAUCCUGGAGAAAGCUUGACUCCACAGUGGAAGCAGGCUGUGUCUGACAUAAGGAGAUGAAACGAGAACGUUUUAAGCCUCCAGAACCAGAUGACCCUUUAUGUUGCUGUGGAGACAUCGACCAGCAAAGAGAGUACUGCUGCUGUGAAGAACUUGAUGAUGCCUGUGAAAGAUUACUCAGAAGAGAACCAGACAAGCCAAACAUCUUCUCUCAUUUCGUCUCUCGCAUUGCUGAUCGUUUGGGUUUGCCUUGUUGUGCCAUAGGACCUCUCCGAUUGGAGCUGUCUGUCCUACCUCCAAUGGUAUUGCUUCCUGGCCUGUUGAGGGUGGCAGCAAUCAAUUGUGUGCUGGGAGUUGUAACCCUGACUGCCUUACCAGGACUGGUGCUCUGGUAUUACUAUGUUACUCACAAAAGGAAAAGGCGUACACUGUUUUUCCUCAGUUUGGCACUCUUCUCCCUUGCCUAUAUGUACUACCUUUUCCUCACUGAGAUCCUUCCCAGAGGAGAUGUAAGUAGUCUGCAGGUGGUUACUGCGACAACAGGCAUGCUGCUGACACUCAUCUCACUUGUGCGCACCAAACAGGGACCAGGGUUUGUCAAUUCUCACUCAUUAGCCCUCAACAGCAGCUCUACAACCAAUCAGAGCAAAAACUUAACCCAAGACUCCACCCCCUGCAAUGGAAUUAACCAGUCAAAGGGGAAGAUUGAAGAAAAGAAGAAGUGGUGCCCUGUGUGCCGACUAGUGCGUCCACCAAGAGCAGGGCAUUGCCGGAUCUGUGGGACAUGUGUCCUACGAAUGGACCACCACUGUGUCUGGAUAAAUAGCUGUGUUGGGCAAGCCAAUCACAGGCAGUUCCUUUUGACACUGCUUCUCUUCUUGUUGACAUCAUUCUAUGGGAUCAGUUUGGUCUUACGGAGUAUAUGUCCACACCAGAGUAUAUUCACAGCCAUGUUAUACUGCCCUGGAGUCUACAACCAAUACAGCAAAGCACUUUGCUUUACAUGUGUGUGGUACAGCAGUAUCAUAACAGGUGGUUUGCUGUACCUGUUCAUCCUUCAGAUCAUCAAUGUCAGUAAUAACGUAACAGAACGUGAAGCUCAAAUUGCUUUGCGCAACAAAAGUGGAAGACGCCGUUACUUUGGCUUGGUUGUGGAAACUGGCAUCUAUACACAGGGCUUCCGCCAGAACUGGAUCCAGUUCCUCACCAUGAAUACUGACGAGAAUGGAUCCCCCUUGACCUUCACAGAUAUGGUAUGAUGACCCAGGGGAGUGGUAUUGAUUAAAAGGAAUAUGUACUACAUAUGUACUGGUGUGUUACACCUAAAAGUGUGAUUAGGCUUAAAGAGGUACUCAUUUGAAAAAAUUGAGAACUUAUCAUGUUUGAAAUGUCAUUGGUUGACACAUUUACCUCAUUUGUAUCAAGCAGAAUGAUAGUAUUGUUAAUAAUGGACAGUAUAAAACUGUCAAAAAGCAGUUACAAUCUACUCUAGACAGAUGAAAACGCAUAAUUUAAAAGUUCUAUCAUGUACAUUUUCACACUGUACUUUAUUUCAUGUUGUUUUUUUUGUGUUUUUACUCCAACUAGUGGCAACUUAAAAUGGCCGCACUGAAUAAGGCACAGCAUGAUGUUACUGAGUGUGCUAUCACAGCAGGGUAUUAAUGACAUGAAACUGCCAACUCCCACAUCUAACCUAGCUCUGCCCAUAAAGGUUGCAAAAAAAAACAAAACACUAAUUUAAAAAAGUUGCACAAGUCAUCUGUAGAACGAGUUAAGAUGGGCAAGGAGGAAACGAAGACGUAGAGUUCUUUUCCUAAGCAGACUUUUAAUGGCCACAGCAGUGUUCACAACUUUUAUAUUUUUACAGCAUUCAACAAACAUGCAGGACCUCUGUACACGCCAACACUAGACUGACGCGUCUGCUCCUUUUCUCUCCCGUCUGGAGGUUCUGUGGCCGUUUUUAUGCCGCUCUCCCCAUGCUCACUGAAAUUAGAGACAGGUGUUAGACAUAAUUUGGCUCAGGUGCAAGCGCCCUUACCGCUUUCUCCCCCGAACGGGCACUUGACCACGCCCCCGCUGCCACAUAAUCGGAAGUAGGCCCACAUGGAAACUCAAAAGAAAAGUGCCACAGAUUUCCGCAGAAUUGGAAUUCUCAUCAUUAAAAUAAUUCUACUAAUCCCUCACUGCUUGCGUGUUCAUUUAUUAAAUGUUUUGGCUGAUCUGAUGAUGCUUUAAGACAACAAUAAGAUAAGUUCUACCAUCAGCUCCUUUUAACGCAUUUACAUUUGCUUCCAAAUCUUAGUUAAUCAAAAUCAAAGCCUGCAGAUUUCUUAAGGGACUGGAUUUUGCAAGCUGAGUAGAGAUUCAAAACGUUUGUGUUUUCUUAGAGACAAAUAUUAGAAAUAUUAAGAAAAUGUAAGUUACAUUUUAGGAAUAUGAUAAAAGCCCCCAAUAAAUAAAAUGCAACAUGGUAAAAUGAAAAAAUAAAAUAAAAAAAUACUGUAAUAAGAGGGCAAAGAAUAUAAAGGUACCUCUUAAAAUGUAUUUAUUGCUAUUUUCCAACACAUAAGAGCCCGCAUAAUAUAUUCCAUUCUUUUCUAAAAUAUUGAUUUUAUUUUUAAUAUUACAGCUUGUAGAAAUCAUGAAAAUAACAUGAAAAUCAUGAAAGUAUACUUCUGACUUGAAGGUCAGCUGCUUUCUCAAAAAAUGCUGCCAUGUUACAUUUCGAUAAAGAUAGCAAGCUGAUGGUUUUGCAUCCACAAAGUCACAUGACCUCAGUAUUUGCAGCGUUUUCAAUAUU